CGUUCAUUGCUUUUCGGCAGUGUGUUUGGAAUUUUGUGCUAAUUGAGAACUUUUUAACAAAAUGCCAUCUCCAGUUAAUGAUCCAUUGGUUUUGUUGACCAAUAAAGGUGAACGUCAACCAAAUUUCUUGUCAACUAUCUACAAUCCGUUAGCAUGUGCUGCCGCAGGUUGUGGUUUGGCUAUGAUUUUGAAUUGGGGCUUCCGUAGACCUGUGAUGUCUGGUAUUCAAAAACAUAUUGCUUUGACCGCUGCUGGUGGUUUUGUCGGCACUUACCUCGAUAAGAAACGCAAUGAAGCUUUAGCCACCCGUGAUGCCGUACUUAGACAUUAUGUGCAAUUGCAUCCAGAGGAUUUCCCAGUAGUGGAACGUAAAAAGUAUGCUGAUGUUUUAGAAAAGUGGGUACCCAUCCGUUAAGAUGCCGCUGCCUUUUGAAAAGUUUUAUCAUUACAUUGGAUGUGGUCGUCUAUUAGUUUCUUUUAUCGAUAAGUUAAAUUAAUAAAGAAUAUAACAAAAUAAAUUAAAAUUUGUUCUCUGCCGGAAUCGAUAUA